AUUUACUGCUCUGCUACUCUGUGUGUUGACUUCGUCGUGUGCGCGCAACGACGUUACUUUACAUUACAUCAAUUCCAAAAUUUCGCAUGAGUCAAGCCUGCGAUCGACUCUGAUAUUGUUCAACUGUACGGCGAACGAACAACUUCUUCAUAUAGGAUUUCAGCGAUUUAACGCAUCAAAAUGGGUUUAGUUUGCUCAACUGCACAGAUGGCAUGUCUGUGCGGCAGCACAGCUUGCAGUCUCUGCUGUUCGCAAUGUCCAUCAUGCCGCAACAGUACCAGCACUCGCAUUAUGUAUGCUUUAAUGCUGGUGCUAGGUACAAUCACUUCCUGCAUAACUUUAGCACCUGGACUACAAAGUGCUCUACAAAAGGUUCCAUUUUGCACAAAUUCUUCAACCUACGUGCCAAAUUCAAUUACAGUGGACUGCCAAGCAGCUGUAGGGUACUUAGCAGUUUAUAGAAUAAGUUUAAUAAUGACUUUAUUCUUUACUCUAAUGUCAGUCAUGAUGAUUGGAGUUAAAAGCACAAAAGAUCCUCGAGGCGGCAUUCAAAAUGGUUUUUGGGCCAUCAAAUUUCUCCUCAUCAUUGGUGGAAUGAUUGGUGCAUUUUUCAUACCAGAGGGAUCUUUUGGACCAACUUGGAUGUACUUUGGAAUGAUAGGAGGUUUUCUAUUCAUUCUAAUUCAGUUGGUACUUAUCAUUGACUUUGCUCACAGUUGGGCAGAAGCAUGGGUUGCAAAUUAUGAAGAAACAGAAUCUAAAGCAUGGUACGCAGCUCUUCUUGGAGCUACUUUCUUGAACUAUGCUUUGUCUCUGACUGGUAUAAUUCUCCUAUUUGUGCACUUCACAAAGGCUGAUGAUUGUUCUCUCAACAAAUUUUUCAUUUCUAUCAACAUGAUUCUAUGUGUUAUAAUAAGUGCAGUAUCUAUCAUGCCAAAAGUGCAAGAAUAUAAUCAACGCAGUGGCUUACUUCAAUCAUCUGUUCUUACCCUGUAUGUUGUGUACUUAACUUGGAGUGGAAUUUCAAAUAGCCCAGAUAAAGAUUGUAACCCUGGAUUCUUAGGACUCAUUAAUGGCAAUGAUGUAACUGCCCAGAAUCGAAUGGCAUUUGACAAAGAAAGCAUCAUUGGUCUAGUUAUAUGGUUCAGUUGCGUUCUGUACAGUUCCAUUCGCACAGCAUCAAAGUCAAGCAGAAUCACAAUGACUGACAACGUUUUCGUUAAGGACAAUGGGGCUGUGCAGAACACUGGAAACCAGUCUCUUAUCAACAAUGAAGUAGAAGGCCGCAGCGGUGACGCCGAGGAAGGUGGUGCUAAAGUUUGGGACAACGAAGAGGACUCUGUAGCUUACAACUGGAGCUUCUUCCACUUCAUGUUCGCUUUGGCUACUCUCUACGUGAUGAUGACAUUGACCAACUGGUAUCAUCCGAACACAUCCAAUCUGGAUACCUUCAAUUCAAACUCCGCCUCGAUGUGGGUCAAGAUCGUUUCAUCCUGGAUGUGUAUGGGAUUAUACACGUUGACCUUGGUCGCUCCUCUCAUUUGGACUGAUCGAGAUUUCUCGUAAAAAGUGAUUCUCUGAUGUUCCAAUAACGUUGGAUUAUCGCGACGUAUACUUGAGUUUUCGAGUCACUAAUUCUUUUUUUUACUACUUCAUUCAAUCCGAACACUUGUAAAAACGUGUACCUUUGUUUAAAUAUUUAAAAUAAAUGUAGUACAUAAUCACUUCAUUAUAUAGAUUAAAAACGAUGCCUCGAACAAUGAUAAAACUAAAUAAAUCUUAAGUGACAAAGCGUACCGGCAUGCAUUUACGCUCGUAGUUGUCAAAUCUUACGACGUCUUACACAUGCGUAUCGCUUUAGCUUUCGAAUUACGUGUAGUCACUGUAUAGAUGAGAUAGAAACGAGUUAUACCGAAUUAAAAGAUUAUAUUACGUACACGAUAUACUUAAUUGGACGUAAUAAAAAGCAGUUUCGAUGUUAAACGCGUGCCGAUAACGUUAAAUUUUCGAUUGGAAUUUCAGUCAACACUGGGAUUCUCCGUUUCAAGCUACCUUAGACUACGCAUCUUAAUAGUAUUCCUAAGAAAACUAUAAAACUGUAUUCGUUUUAUACAUUAAGUAUGGAUAAAUUACAAAUUUCUUUGUUACUGUGUUUAUAUUAUCUUCUAAUCGUUUUACUUAAAAUAAGUGUUGAGAAAAAAAAAAUUCGAAGUUGAUGUAUAUCUCAAAAAUGAGCUUGUAGCAUUGGAUUCUUCCUCGUUGAUGUGAUAUAGUCGAACAAUAUUUAAUAUUGCUUCACCGAUUUAUCUUUCAUUUGUACUUUUUGUGAAUUAAAAAAAAA